AUGGACACCGAUCCAUUGCUACCCAGAAAGAAAGCGCCAACGAGAAGGGCCGGUGUGCACGCCGACUCGGCUGCCCAAUAUGGCACCGUAGCAGGACAGGCGACCGACGAUAAACGAGUGACCACCUCUUUCCUCCUGGGGAACUUGCACUGCCCGUCAUGCGUCUCCUCCAUUCAAGAAGCUCUCGGCGACGCAUGCGGCCGUGACAUUGUCUGGAUCUCGCCCAAUGUUGUGACAUCGGUUGUUACCGUUGAGCACCGCGACACGGGCCCCGCCGUCGCCCAUGUCAUAGCCACCAUGGCCAAGUCGCUCGAAGCCGCCGGCUUCGAGGUCUGCAGUGUAACCACCACAUCCGCUGCCGUCGACAGCCUUGAUCUUGACAACUUGGCGGACCACUCAUAUCAAGCUGCCGAUGAUUCUGCCGAGACCAAUGGUGCCGGCGCCCUCGGCAGGCUGCUCACUGCCCCUCGGUUCAAGCAGUCUCUUACCAAGAGGCAGCAGACUCAUCUGGCAAACUGCGAAGAAUGCCGCCAUUCACGGCCUCACACGCCACGCUCAGGAUCGCAAACCCCGCUGUUGACCGGCGCAAGGGCAAGGCUUGAACGGUCAGGCACGUCCGAUCUCGCGACGCUAUCCACACUCGAGAGUAUCACUGCCGUCGGUUCGAGCUCGUCUAUUGAUUUUGCCGGCCACGCCUGGAGGGCCACUUACUCUAUCGGAGGCAUGACCUGCACGUCUUGCGUCCGCUCCAUCGAAGAUGAGCUCAAACGAAGACCCAGUGUUGCCAAGGUCGUUGUCAACCUCGUCAACAACAGCGCGAUUGUAGACGUCACGGAGAAGGAUGAGGCCCAGGUCCUCGUCCAAGUGAUUGAGGACAUUGGCUACGAUGUGUCUCUGGAGGAGGUUGUUCCAAUAGACCAGAAGUCAAUUGGUACCAAGGAAGGCUCAGACGCUGUGAAGGAGCCAUCACAAUGGAGGGCGACUCUGGCCAUAGGCGGCAUGACAUGCGCUUCCUGUUCAAAUGCCAUUACAGCUGAGCUGAACAAGCUAGACUGGAUCUCCAAUGUUGCAGUAAACCUUGUCUCGAACAGCGCCACUGUCGACUUCACAGUUGCCGGCAAGGAAAAUGACACCGCCGAGGCCAUUGAGGACAUGGGCUAUGAAGCCACCGUGGACAGCGUCGUCGCAUACGAGGCUGAGCCUGAACACGAAGGCGCUCAGGAAAGGAGGGUGCAAAUCUUAGUCGAAGGCGCCUACUGCAAGCACUGCCCGGAUCGACUGGUGCAUUCGCUGGCCGCGUUCAAGCCGAACCUCGAAAUCAUCUCAGCCCCGACUGUCGAAAACCCAAAAAUGCAGAUAGCCUACGUGCCCAACACCCCCUACCUCACGAUCCGACGCAUCUUGGCGGCUAUCGAGGCUGCAGACCCCUCGUUCCGUCCAUCGAUAUAUCAUCCGCCCACCAUCGAAGAGCGAUCGAAGGCUGUGGUGGCCCGUCAUCAGCGUCAAUUGCUCCGCCGAGUGUAUUUGAGCCUGGUUAUCGCAAUCCCCACCUUCAUCAUUGGAAUUGUCUACAUGAACCUUGUUUCGGAUGAUGAUCCUUGGAAGCACUAUCUCAUGAAACCUUGGGUCUCUGGUAUCAACCGAGCGCAGAUUGUCUUGUUCAUCUUGGCGACACCAGUCUACUUCUUCGCAACCGAUGUAUUCCACGUCCGCGCUAUUAAGGAAUUGAAGAAUCUGUGGAGGCGCGGCAGUAGGACGCCUAUUCUCCGCCGUUUUUACAAGUUUGGUAGCAUGAACUUGCUCAUCUCGCUCGGCACCACGAUUGCCUACGUCUCCUCCAUCUGCCAAUUGGUCGCUGCAGGCAUUGAGAAACCAGAUUUCGUUGAGGAUACGCAUUUUUACUUUGAUUCUGUUGUGUUCCUCACCCUCUUCCUCCUGCUUGGUCGUUUAAUCGAGGCAUACAGCAAGGCCAAAACCGGCGACGCUGUUGAGAUGCUUGGCAAGCUGCGCCCCAGCACCGCCAUCCUCGUUGAGAAGGAUAGUCUUGGCAACACUAUUGAUUCGACCGUCAAGGUUGAAAUGAUUGAGUUUGGAGACAUCGUGCGUGUUCAGCAUGGUGCAUCGCCCGUUGCAGAUGGUGUCAUUGUGCAGGGCGAGAGCAGCUUCGAUGAGUCUAGUCUGACGGGCGAAUCGCGGCUCAUCAGGAAGAAGGUCGGCGACGAUCUCUUUGCGGGCACUGUCAACAAGGAUGCAGCUGUCCUCAUGCGCGUCACUGGAGCUGCCGGGCGGUCGAUGUUGGAUCAAAUUGUCCAAAUUGUCCGUGAGGGGCAGACGAAGCGCGCUCCGAUGGAGCGCGUUGCCGACAUGCUCACUGCCUACUUUGUGCCCAUCAUCACGCUGAUCGCUAUCCUGACCUGGGCGACUUGGACGAUUCUAGGACUCGCCGGCGUGCUUCCGGAGUCUUACCUCGAUGCGACGAGCGGCUGGGUUGCAUUCGCCCUCCAGUUCGCCAUUGCCGUCUUCGUUGUCGCGUGCCCCUGCGGCCUUGGUCUCGCGGCCCCUACGGCCAUCUUUGUUGGAGGGGGUCUAGCGGCGAAGCAUGGCAUCCUAGCCAAAGGUGGCGGCGAGGCAUUUGAGAAGGCCAGCAAGAUUGACCUGGUGGUGUUCGACAAGACUGGCACGUUGACGGUCGGUGGCGAGCCCAAGAUCACGGACGCCCUGACGUAUCCCGGCUCGACGCAAGAGGCUGCGAGCCAGGAGGAUACAGAGCUUCUCUUUGCGGCGCUCAAGGCUGUCGAGGAGAACAGCAGUCACCCGAUCGCCAAAGCCAUCGUGUCUUAUUGCAAGUCUCGGACGGAGCAGUUGGCCAGUGUCGACAACCUCCAGGAGAUUCCUGGUAGAGGUAUGAAGGCCAUCUGUCGCGGACAGUCGUUCGAUGCCUCGUUUGAUAUCAUCGUUGGCAACGAGAGCUUGAUGUCGGACAACCACGUGGCCAUGUCCGAGUCUACAGCUGCACAGCUCGAGACCUGGAAAAGGGAAGCGAAAUCUGUUGCCCUUGUUGCUACGAAGCCGAUCUCCAAGGAUACGGCGCCCUGGACUCUUGCGGCUGCUCUGUCCAUCGCAGACCCGAUUCGACCAGAGGCUGUCGCCAUUGUCGAGGCUCUGCGAGAACGAGGCACGAGUGUGUGGAUGCUUUCUGGCGACAACCUGGUGACCGCUAAAGCCGUUGCAUCACAAGUCGGCAUCGACCCUAACAACGUUCUUGCUGAGGUUCUUCCUUCGCAGAAAGCCGAGAAAAUUUACUACCUCCAAUCGACCAUGAAGGCCCAUUCUGGCAGCCGUGAGCACACGAUGAAACGGGCAACGGUCGCGAUGGUUGGUGACGGCAUCAACGACUCUCCCGCUCUGACGCGCGCCGACGUCGGCAUCGCCAUUGGUAGCGGUAGCGAUGUCGCUAUUUCGAGUGCCGACUUUGUGCUCGUGUCGAGCGACCUACGGGCAGUGGUGACACUACUCGAGCUGAGCCGCACGGUAUUCCGCCGAAUCCGACUCAACUUUGCCUGGGCGAUUGUGUACAACGUGCUCGCGCUGCCUGUGGCGGCUGGGUGCUUCUACCCGUUUACGACGAGUUCCGGACAGCAUAUUCGGCUGGACCCUGUAUGGGCCGCGUUGGCGAUGGCGUUGAGCAGCAUCAGUGUGGUGCUGAGCUCGUUGGCGUUGAGGAUCAGGAUUCCGUGGAUCGGGUUCCAGGAUGGGAAGAUUGGAAGCUAA